AUGGACCAUAGUGAGAUUUUGUAUCUGUCAGCAUUCAUAGACUGUGAUUCUCCAGGAGAAAAAACAUCUGGCCAACCCCAACCAGAGCACGGAGUGCACACCGUCUUCGUGGAACUCCCCAACUCAAACAUCGAGCUUCUCCAUCCAUUCGGAGAGAAAUCUUCGAUUCAAGCGUUCCCGAAUAAGAAUAAAGACGGCGGAAUGCAUCACAUCUGCAUUGAAGUCCGUAAUAUUCAGGAGGCAGUCUCAGCCGUCAAAUCCAAGGAAUUCGGGCUCUCGGAGAGAAGACAAAGAUAG